GCGCUGGUGUGCAAGCAAGCGAGGCGACUUCGAGCUCCUCAGGGGCCGUGGAGAAUGGUUUUCACUUCAGUCUUUUCGGAUGGAAUGUUGGUGGCUGUGACAUCUCAGAUCUUGCCUCGGCGAUCCAGAAUGCUACCCGACGGCCCCUGGCUCCGGACGCUGUUCUUGCACUGCAGGAGCUCCCCCGUGCCGGGGUUGGAUGGGCGACGGAAAAGCAGGGAUCUCUCCAGAUACUUUCGCACAGGUCCGAUAAGGCAUGGCGUGGUGCUGGUGUUGCCUUCAAGUCUGAGGUGUGGUCGGUGGCGAGGAGGGUGGCGUCAGGAAGGGGAGUUUGGGUACAGCUCAAGCACAUGAAGUUUGGGUCGCUCGUGUGGGUUGGAUCGGUGCACCUCACACCCGGAGCGACACACUCGCAAUCGGAGCAGGAGAUGUCUGAGUUUCUACGGGGCAUGCCUAAGGGAGUCAACUCGGUGGUGUGUCAGUGCGAUGCAAAUGCUGGGAUCAGGUGGUCGUUGCAAGAGGAACAGGUGAUGGCAGUGGGGUUGGAUGGCAAAGCGAAUGGGGUCUUGGAUCAGCUGAAGUGCAAGCAUCUACAGGUGGUUCCCCCCGCUGAGGAGCAGUUCGGUGUCCCCACGAGUAGGCCCCGGCAGGUAGGACGGCGAGGGCACAUCAUUGACUACAUGUCGGUGUCAGGGAUUGCUGGUGCCAGUCUCCAUGUGCAUGUUGACUCUCACAUCGUGCUGGGGACAGAUCACGAGCUUUUGGAAGGGAGCCUGGUCAUUCGGAAGGGGUCAUCCAUCAGUCGUUUUUCCACGAAGCCAAGGGUGUGGUGUGGGGGAGUCGACAAGAUUGAAUCUCUCGAUCAGCAAGUACUGGUGGACCUGGCGAUGAGGUGUACCAGGGUUGUGCCAGGUCGCAGUUACAGGGACCCGCCGGAUGUCAAGGCUGCUGUUCAGCGAGCCAGGCUCCUCAAGUCCAAGGAUGCGUGGACUCAGGUUCGGGGACUCCGGAAAAGUGCCAGGAAGAAGUGGGAAGCCGAGAGACUUGCCAGAGCUAGCCAGGGCGACUGGGGAGAGCUUCGAGGGUGCAAGCAAAAACAAACAGGGUGGGAGCAUGGCUUUGCCGAGGCACAGAAGGGCGAUCCUCACACGGUGCUGCGUGAUCAUCUCGAGCUUGUGUACAGCGGGGAUGGUGUUCGGCCGAACGAAGGUGUCUACCCAGGGUCUACAAAGGGUUUUGACAUGCAAGAGCUUCGCACUGCACUUGGUCAGAUGAAGACAGGGAAAUCGGUUGGGGUUGAUGGCACCUCAGCUGAGCUGUUGAAGGCUCUUGCUGACCUGCCUGGUGAGGCAGAGCAUCUCCUUGAGUUCAUGACCCGGACCCUGGUGACUCAUGAGGUCCCUCGGGACUGGAACGUCCCCCUCAUGGUCAUCCUUGCAAAGGUGGGUACGCCCACGGAAGCCAAGCACCUUAGACCGAUAUCCAUGGGUAGCGCUGCGGGCAAGUUGUUUUCUCGUAUGCUUCUGAAUCGCACUCUUCCCUUCGUUAGACCCAGUCCAUCUAUCAGCGCCGAUUAUGAAGCUGAUAGGCUGAUCAGCGCCGUUUUAAAGACUAUAAGCGCGUAA